CGAAACAAUUUCACUGUUCUCUCUUCUUCAAUGGAACAACAAUUAACCUUACUAUUGCUUGAUAGCCCAGAAGGCGCGAAAUAUGUAGAAGAAACCCUAGAAGUCGCUUCUUCUUCUUCUUCUGUUCCCUCCUCCACUGAUCACCGCCAUCGAACCUUCGUCAAAUUCUUCGUUUACUUCUCUCUCGUCGCUCUCGCUUACUAUUUCAUCAUCUCCAGUUUCGCCGUCUCUCCAAUUUCCCCAACGUUGCCGCAGCAAUCUUCUUCCGGAAACGUUUCAUCAGCAAAGUGUGAUCUUUUCACCGGAGAUUGGGUUCCGGAUCCAACAGGUCCUCUGUACACAAAUGUCUCUUGUCAUCACAUUCAAGAUUUUCAGAACUGUCUAUUGAAUGGACGGCCAGAUGUGAAUUAUCUCUUCUGGAGAUGGAAGCCUCGUGAUUGUGAUCUUCCUAGGUUUAGUCCUUCCCAGUUUCUUGAUUCAGUGAAGAACAAAUGGUGGGCUUUUAUCGGUGAUUCCAUCGCUCGUAACCAUGUCCAGUCUCUCAUCUGCAUUCUCUCUCAGGUCGAAGAAGUGGAGGAAAUCUAUCACGAUAAGGAGUUCAGAUCCAAGAUAUGGAGAUUCCCUUCUCACAACUUCACACUUUCUGUCAUUUGGUCUCCUUUCCUUCUCAAAUCCGAAACAUCUAGCAACUCGGAUAUCCAGCUUUACCUUGAUCAGCUCGACCACAAAUGGACCGUCCAAUACUCGAAAUUCGACUACGUUGUUAUCUCUGGAGGCAAAUGGUUUCUUAAAACCACAAUAUUCCAUGAAAACAACUCAGUCACAGGCUGUCAUUACUGUCAAGGAAGAAACAACCUAACUGAUCUCGGCUACGAUUACUCCUACCGCAAAACCCUAAACCUUCUCCGCGAUUUCGUCCUAAAAUCAAACCACAAACCGCUGGUUCUGUUCCGAACUACAACACCUGACCAUUUUGAAAACGGAGAGUGGAACACUGGUGGGUAUUGCAACAGAACGAUGCCGUUUAAAGAAGGUCAGGCAAAAAUGAAAACCGUUGAUGAUGUGAUGCGUGAUGUUGAGCUUGAGGUGUUUCAGAAAUUUGGGAAAGGUUUCGGUUUAGGUUCCAACAUCAGACUAUUAGACACGACUGGAAUGUCUCUUCUCCGUCCAGACGGGCAUCCGGGACCGUACCGGCAUCCAAAUCCUUUUGCUGGAGUUAAGAAUAAGAGCCAUGUUCAGAAUGAUUGUCUGCAUUGGUGCUUACCUGGUCCAAUUGAUUCAUGGAAUGAUGUGAUGGUCGAAACCACGCUUAACCGGGAACGGGAACUAUACGAUUUAACCGGUUAAGGUACCACGAUGUUGCUUGUAGCUAGUUACAGUCUAUAGCCAUUCGUUUUCCCAGUUGUUCGUAUAUAUGCUAGUUCUAUAAAUAAAAUUUGUACUUGUUC